AUGUCUCGGUUUACUCGAUCCCUCCGGUUCCCCCGGCCCAAGAGCCUCUUCGGUAUCACGAGCCUCCAGACAGGCACCGAACUCAUCUCGCUGGCCCUCGUCUUCAACAAAAUCACCGGUGUUUACGGACUCCUCGCCAUCCUUACCGGUUAUCAGCUAUCUCUCCUUCAACUUUCAACCUACGUCUACUCCAUCGCAGUCCUAAUCGGACUCGCGAUUCUUAUUCCUCAUGUUCGACGACAAAGCCCCUUUGAGUGCCUAGCUCUCGCAUGGCUUUACAUCAUCGACAGCGUUAUCAACGCCGCAUACACCGCAGCUUUCGGUCUGGACUGGUACUUUUCUACUCAGCUUACCGAGACAACCGAAUCCAAGAAGACUGAUCUUCCUAACUUUGUGGCUGAGGGUAUGCAAGGUCUACGAAAGGAGACCGCCAUGCACGGAAAGGUCGUUCCUCAGGAAACGGCUGCAAGCAUGCUGCUGAUCGUUGGCGCGACGUUGAUCCGCGUGUAUUUCAGCUUGGUCGUCAUGGCGUAUGCUAAGCAGGUGCUGCAGAAGUACAUGCAGUUGAUGAUUCUGGAAGGCCCUGGUGUUGAUGAUCAGGAGGGCCCAUUUGCCGAGGACCUUCCUGACGGCGAGGGCCGCCGGGGACGCCUUGGCCGUUUGAUGGUUUCAUGUGGCCGGGCUUACUGGCUUGACACUCGGGAGUCCGAUGAAUGGGCACCAAACCUGAACCUGGGAGGAACUCACAAGCCGGUCUCAGCGGGCACACUCUCUGGUGAGGUCUAG